UAUCUUUUUGGGGCCGACCCAAAAACUUAUUAUCCAAUAUUUGCCUUUUUUUGUUAAUUUUUCCCCGUCGAGUUCCGAGUUCGUCGAUUUUUUUCCAUCUCCGUCCGGUCGAAUUCCGCGAUUACCAGAAUUAUUGUAUUGUGACCUGCAAAAUAACAUCCCGUCGCCGCGAACGCAAUCGUGAUACAUCGGCUAUCUCGGAUUCCUCCGUAAGAGUAAAAUAAUAAGAGUGAAAUAAAUCGUCUGCUGAUCCAGAGUGGCCGCGAACGCUUUAUAUUAUACACAUUGUGCAAUCGGGGGACCAGCCUGUAUUUCCCGCAAAAUCGAUAUCCGGCGUUCCGUUUGAUUGUAAACAUGGCGUCGUCCAUUUUGUCCGUCAAUUUGAACAAAUGUUUUCAUCAUGCCGGAACAAAGUCUUUGAAUUCUUAUUCAAACUCCAUGAAUGUAUGGCACAGAUACCACCCAGCACAGUCGAAGCGAUCGAAACUAGAAGUUCGUGGGUUUGCUGCUGAAGAAAAGUCAAAGAUGCUGACAACGCUGGUGAUAUUAUUUAUAUUAGCGCUGAGAGGUACGUUUUGCCACGUUGUCUUGAGUUUGAAGACUGACCAAGCAAACACAACAAUCCAAUGUUCCUCCAACUCUGACAUCAUAUUCAAAUUUACCAAGGAUAAAACCAACGCAACUGUUACAAUCGCCGAGUGUGAAACGACCCUGAAAACCUGCUACUUGGUUGACAACUACCAUGCAGUUAACUACGCGACAUCCUUCACGGACGAUGGCGGAUUGUUAAAUGUGCUUAACAUAGGCGAAGACACGUACGGAACGUAUACGUGUUAUGAAACAUACAAUCUAGGCAGUUACAAACGAACCGAGUUAAAACCGCCGGUUAAAGUCAAAACCAAGCCUGUUACAGCCGAACCAGUUUGCAGAAACUGCCCAGAGUAUUCUACUGGAUCAGCUGCUAUGUGUUUGAAUGCCGUUGUGGUGGUGUUGACCUCACUUCAUCUCAUGCUGUACUGCGUAGAAAAACGAAAACGUGUAUCAAGGGUACUUCGUCGACGCUUCACAUGCUUUUCACAAAAGUCAUCGUUUAAUGAAAGUAUUCAGCUGGACGAAAUGGAAUCGGCUGAAAUGAGGUUCCCAUUGAUGCAUUAUCCAAUACGGCGCGACUUCGAGGCAACUGUACCGGUAUACCAUGUACGAGAAGGUUGGAAUUCCGUCUGUUAUCCGUAUCACACACGUCCUGGGUUUGAGAUGGGGCGGAGAUAUUCGCGUAGUCUGUUUAGAGAGGACCUCGACUUGGACUUGAGGCAAAGUUUAUUCCAAGACAAUGCUUGAUUGCCACUGUCUUGGGGUGAUCUACAAGAGCGACAAUGUAAUUGUGUGUUUUAUGUGCAUGACUGGCAGCUUAACUCCACUUUCAAUGUGUUCAUUUAAUAAAUACGCUUUCAGGUAAAUAUUUGUUGGGAAGAUCCCGAUAUAACUCUGAACGAGAUUUCAAAAGUGUUAUGUGAAUAGAUCUGUCAUGUUUACUGUAUUUUAUUCAAUUGUAUAUGCUUGCCAACUUGAAGCAUUCAAACAAUAUAAAGAAGCGAAACUCCAGCUGCUGGAACAGUAUUAUAUUCUCAUUAUGUACAAUUAGUUGGUCCUUUAUUUAUGGCAAAUGACCAAUUGCCUAAACAGUACUAAGUACAAAACUCUUAAAGCUAUUGGCGGCAAUUUAUAAAAUAACAAUAGUUGCUUGUUAGUUCGAUUUGGUCCUGUAUUGAAUUAGAAAAUAUGGUCGUAGAAGUAACUAAAACACAUACCCGUCAUCAAGCCGUGCUGGGAGUUGAGCUUUUUAUAUGUAUGCAGCUGUGUUGCCUUCAUUUUUAGGAACGCCACCCAAACAUUAUGGUUGAAAAACACGAAGCUUUUUUAUUUUUAUGUUUUACACAACGUAACGCGCUGUUUCUGUUAUUACACAAACGUAAUAACUCCACAUUCAAGUAAAAUAGUACACAAUUACAACGAAAUGUAAAUUUAAACAAAAAUUAUAUACACAUACUUGCGCACACGUUGUUAUUAUACAAUUUCUCUCCCGUUUCGAGGAUGGUAAAAGCAUGUUUCUUUCAAGAUGUCGCAUGCUAUCAACCCAAGAACUUACGUAUCCAUUUGGUCAUUUAAUUUCAUAGAACGGUAUAAAAUAAUGCUAUAUUUCACUAGUAUUCAAUGACGUAUAUCUAUAGUAUUUGUUUUCGCAAGUAUUAUAACAGCUUGUUAUACAUUUCUUGACGAUAUAUUUUUGUUUGUGAUUACGUUGUCUGUUUUUGUAUUUAUGUAUAAAUAAAGACUACAUAUAUGA